AUGCCCUCUCAACCUAAAGUCUUACCACGAUUUGACCAGCUUCCAUUGCAUGACGGUGAUCCCCCAAACUCAGCCUGGGGAUUAUGGGGAGAUGGGCCUGAAAACUCACUGGGGUCGCUAAACUAUCUAACGGACGAUUUAGUGCAGAGGACUAUUAAGGAAGAGGUGAAGACAGGCCAGCGAGUCAGUCUCAAUCUUCCCCUCGACUUAUUCAAUCCUCCUUUGUUGGGACGAGCCGGCUUUGAGCAGAAGGUCAUUGAUAAAAACCCACUGGUAGUCAAUGACGACGUGAUCACAUUUAACACUCAAGGAAGUUCUCAGUGGGAUAGUUUGCGUCACUUUGCUUAUCAGCAAGAUAAAAGAUUUUAUAACGGAACUACUCAAGCCGAUAUACAUGCCUGCGACCGUACCGCUAUCAAUGGCCUGCAGACUUGGUCCGCAAGAGGGCUCGCUGGCCGUGGUGUACUUAUUGAUUAUGCGUCAUAUGCAAGCCGCCAUGGUAUCGACGUGAAUCAUUUUUCAGAUCACGCAAUCAGUCUAGCAGACAUACUAGCAGUGAUCAAGGAACAAGGUGUUGACCUGCUUCAAGGCGACGUACUGUUCCUUCGCACUGGCUAUGUUGCUGCAUAUAAAGAGCUUGAUGUGGCAGGGAGAGAAAGAGUGGCCAAUCUACGCGAAUGGUGCGGCCUAGGUCAGUCGCGUGAGACGACUGAAUGGCUGUGGCAGAGACAGUUUGCAGCUGUGGCCAGUGAUUCGCCUGGAUUUGAAGUCCGACCACCCACGGAGAAAGAAUGGCAUCUUCACCCUAUUCUGCUAGCUGGAUGGGGUACUCCUCUGGGUGAACUGUUCGAUCUUGAUGCGUUAGCUGAUUUAUGUUCACAAAACAGUCGGUGGUCUUUUUUCUUUACGUCCUCGCCAUUAAAUUAUAUGGGAGCCGUCGCCUCCCCUCCUAAUGCGAUUGCUAUUUUGUGA